CAAAGCUAUAUUUUUAAAUACUAGAUUUAUAAUUCAACUAUUUCCUAGAAUGAAAUUACUCGUCAGUACCGUGCUUAUUGCGAGUAUCGCUGUUCUUUUCAUCGAUUCAGUGAAUUGUACUGGACAGCGUAUGAUCUGUACAGUUCCAGACAAAAAUCCAAAUGGCGAACGGGAGGAGUCUAUCUGCACAUUAGAUUACAAGAAUAUAAAUGCUACUAUUAGAAAAAUUAUGGAACAAGAUCUAAAUUACGUGGCUCCAAUGGUAGAGAGAGAGGAGAGAAGAAAAUUUAAAAUAGCAAUGGAAGAACAGCGAGUAAUAAUGAGCAGAGCAAUAAGUGAACUACUCGAAAGAAUCAUUAAAUUAGAAGAAAUUGCAGCUGGAGCUAAUCAAUCUUCACCGUUGAUUCUUCCUGGAAUUACUGAACUAGAUAUUGUGCGUUAUGACGGAAGAAUAUAUAUACCUUGGUUAUGCGAAAAGGUUGACAUGGCAACAGCGAUCGCCAAAUGUAAACAAUUUGGUGGAGAACUCGCAAAUAUAUACAACCAGAUUCAUAUGGACAAUAUAAUGACAUUCAUUCGUGAUAACAAGUUGGGCGAGAGACGAUAUAAAGAUUUUUUGCUCGGCAUGACCUAUGACCCUAUGAAUCAGAUUCUUCGUCUCCGAAAUGGAACAGCGGUAUCACAAACUGACUUCAGAUGGUCCUACCAUCAUCCAUACCUCGGAAAGAAAUAUCGUAAAUACAGAAACGUUUAUGUCGUUAUUGAAAAAGGUUUAACAGUCCCAUUUCAAUACUUCAUGAACCUUAAGGAAAGCAAGUCAUACGGAGUCCUGUGUGAAAUUUAAACUUUCAUGGAUAGCGAAUGGCCAAACGCACAACUAUAAAUAAGACCAAUAACUCCUUUCUCGCCAAACGUAAAUUCUGACACAAACAAGCAUUUGUUCAACUAUACUCCAAAACUAAAGCAAAGAUUCCUGCCAAGUGAUUCUUAUAGCGAUCAGUUUGUAAAUUUGCAAAAUGGUGAAAACAUAUUAAUAGCGUUAUAUCCACAACUGUUACCCAUACGAAAAAGAAAUCCCUGAGUACCAGUAGGCCUACCUGAUAUCGUUCUGCCGUUAGGUCACCUCUGGUGAUCGAAUGCAUUUCUUUACUUCGGCAACUAGCGUGCUAAUUUCAUAUUAUUUAUUGUACCUGAUUUUUUUCAUUGCCUAACACUUCACAAUACAACCACGUUGAUGGCUAGGUCACCUUCAGCUAUUCUGCAGAACAAAACAUUCGUUUCAGGUAUCCCAGUAUAAACGGAGAUUCGCUGGUCUUACGGCUCUUAAUACACGGUAAUUUCUGGUAAUAAUCUAUAAUUAAUAUUCGAUGUCAGUUUGUUAGUUGGAUAAUUUUCAAAGUUCAUAUGAUUUUCACCAUUAUUGACAGUAAUUUUAACAUUCUCCUCCCAAUCUGUUGGAUUAGAUGUUAGGACCUCAGGUGUCACUUCUCGAUAAACAAUUUUGGUUUCCCG